UGCGGCUUUUGCCUGCGACUCGGCGCGAGUGCGCCCUUGUUUGGGCCGCGGGUCUCAGCACGAGUACUCAGGCGUCCGGUGGACCAGCUAGAUUGGAUUGUAGGAGAAAGAACACAAGGAACCGAAUGCCUGCGCUGCUUUGGAUACUGUGUCCCGCCAAGACGGAUUCUCCUGCUCCCCUCCCCCAGUCGGCCAGCUGAUAACUUCCUGGGACGGUUUGUUUGUUUGCUUCCGUCUCCAGUCGCCAAGCCCAGGGCAAGUGGAUGAAGGGAUGCAGACCUGGGCUGAGAAGGGAAGGGAAGCGAACCACGAGAGGGUUUCUGGACUCGGACAGCAUGGACAUUCUCAGACUGACUCUUCAGAGUGAACUGACGGGAAAGGAGCUAGAGCACAUAGCCCAGAAGGCGGGCAGGAAGACCUAUGCCAUGGUGUCUGGCCAUUCAACUGGUCAUUCUCUGGCCUCAGAACUGGUGGAGUCCAAUGAUGGACAUGAAGAGAUCAUUAAGGUGUACUUGAAGGGAAGGUCUGGAGAUAAGAUGAUCCAUGAGAAGAAUAUUAACCAGCUGAAAAGUGAGGUCCAGUAUAUCCAGGAGGCCAGAAACUGCCUGCAGAAGCUCCGGGAGGAUAUAAGUAGCAAGCUUGACAGGGAUCAAGGAGACUCUCUCCAUCGACAGGAGAUACAGAUGGUGCUAGAAAAGCCAAAUGGCUAUAGUCAGGGUCCCACAAACCUGUACAGCAGCCCACCGGAGGUGGACACCUAUGUAAAUGAAGAUGUGGAGAGCUUGAGGAGAACUGUGCAGGACUUGCUUGCCAAGCUACAGGAGGCUGAGCGGCAGCACCAGUCAGAUCGUGUGGCUUUUGAGGUCACACUCAGCCGAUACCAGCGAGAAGCAGAACAGAGCAAUGUGGCCCUUCAGAGAGAAGAGGACAGAGUGGAGCAGAAAGAAGCAGAAAUCGGAGAGCUGCAGAGGCGCUUGCUGGGCAUGGAGACGGAGCAUCAGGCCUUACUGGCAAAAGUCAGAGAAGGGGAGAUGGCCCUAGAGGAACUUCAGAGCAAGAACACUGACUGCCAAGCAGAACAAGAAAAGGCUGCUACCUUGGAAAAGGAAGUGGCUGGGCUGCGGGAGAAGAUCCACCACUUGGAUGACAUGCUCAAGAGCCAGCAGCGGAAAGUCAGGCAAAUGAUUGAGCAGCUCCAGAAUUCAAAAGCUGUGAUUCAGUCAAAGGAUGCCACCAUCCAGGAGCUCAAGGAGAAAGUUGCCUAUCUGGAGGCAGAGAAUUUAGAGAUGCACGACCGCAUGGAACACCUAAUAGAGAAACAAAUCAGUCACGGUAACUUCAGCACCCAGACCUGGACCAAGACAGAGAACCUGGGCGGUGUUAGGAUAUCCAAGCCCCCCAGCCCUAAGCCCAUGCCUCUCAUCCGGGUUGUGGAAACCUGAGCUGCAAGGAGAUGGAUGUUGCCACUGUUUCCACCUGUCACCUGCGGAGAAGCCCACCUUCCCUGUAGGCUGUUACAUUGACUUUGACUUCAUGACUGUUCCCUGGCUAUACCCAGGACUUGGGGCUUAUGUGCUCCGCUGGUCCCAAGCUCUUGUCCUCUGUUUGCUGGGCAGAUGGAGCAUGAGCACCUCCUUUGGGCCCUGCAGCCCUUGGGAAGACUUAUCCUGCUAGCAGGAGCUAGGGCAAUAUCCUUAUUCCUGUAGUUACUUUUCUCUAUAGCAGAACCUCCCUUCUGGUCUCCUGGAGUCCAGCAGUACCAGAAGCCAGGCCCUCAUUGAGUCAGGAUGAGGUAAUAAGAUUUGUCUCAACCCUGAAAGUUGGAGGCCCAGAUGUCCAGAGUGACUGGAAUGUGUCCUAGGGGAAUGAAGUUCCUUCUGCAAACACAGCUCAGUUCUUAGCAACUAACUGUUUGUUUUUCUACUUGCUCCACCCUCAGCCCAUGUGGACCUUGGCAUUCUACAGACAGUUGGGCCACCUGCUGAGGCCUGGUUAGUCAGGGAACCUAAACUUUGACUGGACAACCUUGUGUUUCUGGAGACAAGGGAAUGUAAAAUCAGGGAGUAGCUAAAGCAAGAAGACUAUGUAGGACCAUGGGAAGUUAUUUUUGACUUCUCUCUGUUGUGAAAGCUCCUAGGCUCUCUUAGGGUUUUCCCCUAAGGUAUACUGCAUGGCACGCCUAAAGUCUUUCUGACCCAGCACCUCAUCUGUGUUUUCACUGAAUUAUGUCAGCCCCAGCAAAACCCUCAUUGUAUUUAUUUUGCUAAGUUAUUGGUGAUUUGCCUACAGCUCAUCAUUGAUUUGAUACCAAAGUCCUAUGGCCUUCUCUUUGAGGUUUUGGAUUUGCUUGCAACUUGGAAAAAUGUUCCCAUUGGCCUUUUUGAUUUCAGAGUGACAUUGUGAUAAACCUUUUUUGCCCUUUCCUCCACCUGCUUCUUUUCCCUUUCUCCUCCAAACUUGAUCUGUACCUCAAGAAAGCAAGUACACUUUCCCUGAGGCACUGGGGUCUGAGUAUAUAUUGUUUGGGGGAACAGGGUGAUCAAAACUCUUUCAGGGCAGGGAUGGGUUCUUCGCUAACCUCUCUGAACCCCUCUGCUCUAUAAUUAGUCUUUAGCCCUGGUUCUGAAUGACCCUGUAGCUUGUCAUGUUUCCUUUAGGACUUUCCUGCAACCUCAAGAAGUAUAUAAUCAUCAGAAUGUGGUACUUUAGGAAACAGAACUUAAAAACAAAUGUGGAUUAAGUCUUAGGCUCUACUUGGCUAACAAUCAAAACCCUUAUGUCUAUGUGUUUCUGUGUAUCAGGACUGGGCUCAUGUUCUGGCUUUGUUCAUAGUGGUGUUCAGGGACUUCAGGCAGUCCCCUCAUUUGUGAGAUGAAAAUGUUGGGCCAGAUGAUCUCCAUAUCCCUUCAAGUUCUUGUAAUUUUUUUUCUGUGGCAUAUUCUUUGUAUGGUGAAUUUAAUAAAUUGUGUUAAUAUGUCUGUUUAA